GCCAGGGAUGGGGUUCUGCCUGUCCCCUGCCUGUCCCCCUGCCCACAGUGGCUGUGCCAUGCCGUGCCAUGCUCUCCCAUGCCAUGCUGUGCCCUGCCAUGCCAUUCCCUGUGUGCCGUUCUCUGUAUGCCAUGCCAAGACAUGCCAUUCUCCUGUGCCGUGCCAUGCCAUUCCCUGUAUUCCAUUCCCCGUGCACCAUGCCAUGCCGUGCCACUGCCCGCGUGCCAUUCCCUGCCAUUCCCUGUGCGCCAUUCCAGCCGUGCGGGUGCGGUCGGGAAUAGCUCCCGGGGCCUGCCCCGGCCCUGACAUUUCUGCUCCGCGGUGUCAGUUUUACACCGGCCCUGGGUGACCUCGGCUGGCCCGGUCCCUGUCGCCGGUCACUUGUCCCCUACCCCCAUCCCUGUCCCCGUCCCGUGUCCCAGUCUCGCUCCCUGUCCCCGUCCCCCCGCGGUGCCAUCCCGGCUCCGCAGCCACGGGCCCCCCGCUGUCCCCUUUUCCUGUCACCCCUCUCGGUCCCCCGGUCCCUCCGGUGCCCCCGGUCCCGCCCCGCCCCGCCCCGCCCGGGGCCGCCCCGCCGGGACCGGAGCGGGCAGAGCCACCGCCGGGGUGUGACAGCACCGGGACAGACAGACAGACAGACAGACCCCGACAGUGCAGGAACUGGAGAGGGCAGAGCCACCGCCGGGGUGUGACAGCACCGGGACCGACUGACACCACCACUGCCACCGCCGCCCCUCUGCCACCAGGAUGCUCUCGAUGGCCCAGCCGAGCCCGGAGCGGGUGCCCAGCCCUGCGGAGCAGGAGUGGGCAGGGCCCGAGGCGCUGUGCCCAGGCUGGCUGGAGGACGAGGCCCCCGAUGGCGACGUGCCCGGGGACAGCGGGGACCCCGACGGUGCCACCCACGCCUUCGAGCGGCUGCAGAGCGCCCUGUGCCAGGAGGGGCUGCCCCCCACGCUGGACUGCUCCGCGGAGCCCCGCACGGGAUUUGGCCCGCUGGACAUGACCGUUUGCAUCCUGGGCUCCCCCACCGCCUUCCUGCCCGUCCUGCUGGAGGGUGGUACCCGCUGCCCAGGUGCCAUGGUGCUGUGCCUGUCACCCACCUGGGCCAGCCGGGCGCCGUCGGAGUCGUGUCCCGGCGCUUGGUCCCUGCUGCUCUCCCAGGGGGUCUCCUUCAAGGUGGGGGGUCACAGCGCCCUGGAGACCUUCGUGCCCCCCCGCCGUGCCAACUACGUGACCGGGCACGUUCGCGCCGUGGGACCCCGAGGGCGGUGGGCGGCUGAGCUGGCCCGUGACCUCGACUGCCCCACGGGGGGCUCGGCCCCGCUCGCCCGACGCCUCGAGGACCUGCUGGUCACCCGCUGGGUGCUGGCAGCUCGUGCCAAGCUGCCCGUGCCCCCCACACUGGCCUUCGUCCUGGAGGCUCGGGGGGACCUGCCCGCCGAGCUGGAGGUGCCCGGGGUGAGGCUGGUGAGGCUGCAGGACCCCCAGGGCCAGGACAGCCUGGUGCAGGAGGAGGUGGGCGCCUUCCUGGGGGGCACCGCCAUGGAGCCCUACAGCCAGGUGAUGGUGCGGCCGGCGGGGUGGCGGUGGCGGGGGACGGGCACCCACAGCACCCACCGGAAGGAGGAGGGGGCGGCGGUGGCGCAGGCGGUGUGUGCCCGGCUCCGGGGGCUGACGGAGGAGGACAGCGUCCUGUUGGAGGCCAUGGUGCCCACCGCCCGCCUGCCCCUGCCCCCCCCACGCAGCCCAGCCCCGCGGCUGCCCGUGGCCCUGCGCAUCUGCGCCCUGCUCUGCAGGUCCUGGGGGGACCGGCCCCAGCUCUGCCAGGUGGCCUGCGCCGUGGGACGCGCGGAGAGCCCGGUGCGUCACGGGGCGGCGCUGCCCCAGGGCCUGGACUCCAGCCUGCAGCAGUGGGGGGUGGUGGCCCCCAGCCAGCGCCAGGCGCUGGCCACGCGGCUCCGGGAGGCCGCCGAGGCCGCCAUGGCCGCCCUCCUGGCCGCCGAGGCCGAGCUGAGCCCGCAGCAGCGCGGCGGCACCCGCGCCCGCACCGACAUCCUGGGUGUGGACUUCUUGCUGGCGUGCGUGGAUGACGCCCUGGAGCUGGUGGCCCUGGCCACCAACAGCCAGCGGUGCCUGGAGACCUGCGUGCUGGCCGAGGCCAUGGGGCGCGCCGUGGGGGAGCCCGCCGGGGACCUGCCCCGGCUGCUGGCCGAGGCCAUGCUGCACCGGGCGCAGUGUCACCUGGUGGAGGGCAAGGACAUCCUGCUCAUCGGGGCCGGCGGCGUCAGCAAGAGCUUCGUCUGGGAGGCGGCUCGAGAGUACGGGCUGAAGAUCCACCUGGUGGAGUCGGACCCGGAGCACUUCGCGGCGGGGCUGGUCCAGACCUUCCUGCCCUACGACAGCCGGGAGCACCGGCGGGACGAGGAGCACGCGGAGCGGGUGCUGGAGCUGGUGCGCUCCCGGGGGCUGCGGCCCCACGCCUGCCUCUCCUACUGGGACGACUGCGUGGUGCUGGCGGCGCUGGUGUGCCAGGGCCUGGGGCUGCGCGGCUGCUCGCCCGCCGCCGUCCGCGUGGCCAAGCAGAAGAGCCGGACCCACCAGCACCUGCAGCGCUGCCGCCGCGGCCGCCCGCCGCCCGCCGCCUUCGCCGUGCCCUGCCGCCGGCUGCAGAGCCACGGCGACGUGGAGCGGGCGGCGGGCGCCGUGCCCUUCCCGGCCGUGGCCAAGCUGGAGUUCGGGGCCGGAGCCGUCGGGGUGCGGCUGGUGGAGGACGCCGGGCAGUGCCACGCGCACGCGGCGAGGCUGUGGCGGGACCUGCGGGACGACGCCGACCACCCGGGCAUCGGGCUGGGCUGGGGCAACGCCAUGCUGCUCAUGGAGUACGUGCCGGGCACCGAGCACGACGUGGACCUGGUGGUCUUCGACGGGCGGCUCGUGGGCGCCUGGGUGUCGGACAACGGCCCCACGCGUGUCCCCGCCUUCCUGGAGACGGCGGCCUGCCUGCCCUCCUGCCUGCCCGCCGACCGGCAGGCGCAGCUGGUGCGGGCGGCCCUGCAGUGCUGCCGGGCGUGCGGGCUGCGCGACGGCGUCUUCAACGUGGAGCUCAAGCUGGGGCCGGGGGGCCCGCGGCUGCUCGAGAUCAACCCCCGCAUGGGGGGCUUCUACCUGCGCGACUGGAUCCGGGAGGUCUACGGCCCCGACCUGCUGCUGGCGGCGGUGCUGGUGGCGCUGGGGGUGCCGCCGGUGCUGCCCGCCCGCCCCGCGCCCCGCGCCCACCUGGCCGGGGUGAUGUGCCUGGGCUCGGAGCACGGCGCGGCGCUGGCGGGCGGCGGCGGGAUGGAGGCGCUGCGGGAGCUGCAGGGCCGGGGGCUCGUCCGCCUCAACCGGCUCUUCGAGGAGGUGGCGGGGGACGGCGAGUACGAGGAGCCGCUGCUGAGCGUGGCGUGCGACGGGGCGACGCGGGCGGAGGCUUGCGUGCGCCUGCUGGGGCUGUGCCAGGCGCUGGGCAUCGACUCCCCGAGAUACCCCGUGGAGCAUUUCUUGUCCCACUUCAAAUAGCGCCGGGCAGGCAGCGGGGACGGCGGGGGGAAAGCGGGGCGAGGGCGCGGGGAAAGCCCACCCGCCGCCCCGGUCCCCCCUCCCGCCGCCCCGCUCCCCGGCAUCCCC